GAAAAUGUAUUUGGGCUACAGUGCAGUGAGUGUAAACCGGGAACUUUUGCUCUGUCAGCUAGCAAUGCCCUGGGAUGUACAUCGUGCUUCUGUUUUGGGAUGUCCACGUUUUGUUCAGAAGUAGAAGACCAUGUGAGAAUCCCUAUAACCUUGACUCCAGAUCAGUCCAUUCUGCAUGUAGUAUCUCAGAGUAACCUGACGGGAACAGUGGAAGGUGUAUUUUCCCAAUUACCUGACGUUUUAUUGGAUGCUGAUGUUGUCAGAAAAUAUUUAAAUACAGAAACAUUUUAUUGGAGGCUACCAGAACAGUUUCAGGGAGACCAGCUCAUGGCCUAUGGAGGGAAGCUGAGAUACACUGUUGCUUUUUAUGCCCUGGAUGGCUUUGGAGCCUCGAAUUUUGAGCCACAAAUUCUAAUCAAAGGGGGUCACACCAGUAAAUUGGUCAUCUAUGUAGACAUCCCAUCUCCAGAAAACGGAGUAAGAAGCAAUAAGGAAGUAGAAAUGAAGGAGGAUUCCUGGAAAUAUUUUAACUCUGUGUCUGACCAGCCUGUCUCACGUUUUGACUUCAUGUCUGUACUAAGCAAUAUUGAAUAUAUCCUUAUCAAGGCAGCCUAUGGCCAAGGAUUACAGCAAAGCAGAAUUGCAAACAUUUCAAUGGAAAUUGCAGUGAAGUUUGAAGAAAUGCAUGGAGGCAGAGACAGAGCUCAUCUUAUAGAGCAAUGUAGAUGUCCUGUUGGUUAUGCUGGGUUCUCCUGUCAGAGCUGUGCUCCGGGAUACUACAGGGGGAAACAUAAGGAGGUCAAUGGAAAGGAUCCUCACGCUCUGAUAGCGCCCUGUGUGCCAUGUCAGUGCAACAACCACAGUGAAACCUGUGAUCUGGAGACUGGAAAGUGCUUGGACUGCAGAGAUAACACAGUUGGGGAUUACUGCAGUGCUUGUGCCCCGGGCUACUACGGAAAAGUAAUUGGAUCUGUCAACGACUGCUCUCUUUGUGCCUGUCCCAGAGCCAACCCCGUUAGUUUUAGUCCCACUUGUGUCCUGAAGGAUGUUCAUGAUUACCACUGUGACGCUUGUCAGCCAGGGUAUGAAGGACAAUACUGUGAAAGGUGCUCCCUGGGGUACUACGGCGAUCCUCGGGUCGCUGGUGGCAGCUGCCAGCCGUGCCGGUGCCACCCCGGCGGGUCUGCUCAUGGAGACUGUGACCGCGCCACGGGGCAGUGCGCCUGCAAGCCCGGCGUCACGGGGCGCCUCUGCGAGGAGUGCGAACCCAGGCAUCUCCUGGUGGAAAACGAGUGCGUCUCUUGUGAUGACAACUGUACGGGCAUUUUGUUAGACGAUUUGGAAAAUCUCGACAAAGCAAUACUUUCCGUGAACCUCACUGGUGUUGUCCGUGCACCCUAUGGGCUAUUGUCAGAGUUGGAGAAUGCCACAAAGUAUCUGAAGGCAUCUGUAGUUCCUAGAGAAGAUCCAACUUAUUUACUAGCUACAGCAAAAGAAAAUCUCUUGAGUUUAUCAGGAAGCCUUGAUCAACUGCAUGAAGAGUCGGCUAGAAUUUUGAAAAAAGCUUGGCAGCUUAACACAGUGACUCAGGAAACCAGGAAUAAAAGUCAAGAACUGACUGGAUUUAUUGACACUGUACAUACAGCCAUCAAAGAACUUGCUGAAGCAGCUCUGUCGCUCAAUGAAACCCUGGGUCUGGGUCUCCCACUAUCAAAUGCUAUGUCUCAGAGCCUGCAGGAUGACAUCUCUGCCAUGCUGGAUACACUGCGCAGGAAAGAUUUUGUUCAACAGCAACAUAAUGCUACCAGCAUCCUCAAAGCUGCAGAGAGUUUGUUAGUCCAGGUUCAGAAAGAGUAUCUUAAACCCCAGCAGGAGCUUGCGGAGCUAGAAAAGGAUGCGAGCCAUCUCUUAUCGAAGCACAACAGCAGACUGCAAGAAGCCCAGGACCUGGUGAAAGAGGCGCUUGCUAACAUCAAUGAGACCAACCGCUUGUUUCCUCUUAUCUCUAGCAACAUGGGCGACCUAAACGACAAAAAGCUCUAUAUAAAGGAAGGUAAAGAAGCCUGCACCAUGCUCAUUAAAGAAGGAAAAGUCCUAGUGAAUGUUGCUGCUGCUCUUGCCAAAGAUGUAAAGAACUCUACAUCUAACCUGGAGACACACCAGGAUGGGCUAGUCCUCUGGAGUACCAAGCUGCGACAGCAUGUCGACAAGCUGGUCAUGCAGAUGUCCACACGAGGAGUGCUGGACCUGGUGUAUAGAGCCGAGGACCACGCUGCUCAGGUCCAAAGACUUGCCAAUAUACUAGAAAGUGACAUCUCUAAAGUAAGAAAUAGGACUUUGAAUGCUACAGCUGCUGUAUACACCCAUUCUAGUGUUAAAAGUGUGAUUGAAAGAACCGAGAUUUUGGCAGAUGAUGCUUCCAGAGUUGUGAAUGGCCCCUUGGACUUAAGGGAGGAAUCUUAUGGUCUUCUUGGAAGAGAAACUCUACUGCUUAGCUCUGAAUUUCUGAAUGAAGCUAAAAAUCUGAAGAAAAAAAGUGAUGGCUUUUUGUCUGGAUUGAAUGGCUUAAACAAAAGGGUAGAAAAGAUUCAAGAAAGUACUAAUAAAAUUGUCACCCAACUUAAUGAGUCCCUGGUCACACUAAGAGCGUUGCCUAAUGAUACAAGGAAAUACAUGGUCGAGGUGAAAGAGCUGGCUGUGUCCGCAAACGCCAGCGCUGCAGUGAGUCUAAGCCACUUUGGGGAUUUCAAUGAAAAGCUGCUGAAUGCUACGUCUGCGUUGUCCCGAGUUAAUGACACGUUGAGGAAAACUAGUGAACUUCUAACUGAUUCAUCAAAAGCCGCAACUACAGCUGAAAAAAAGGUUAAAGAGGUCGCAGCACAAGCCAGUCUUUUACUUGAUAGGCUGAAACCUCUGAAAAUUCUAGAAGAGAACCUGAGCAGGAAUCUCUCGGAAAUUAAAGAGCUCAUCAGCCAGGCACGCAAGCAGGCGGCAUCAAUUAAAGUUGCAGUAUCAGCAGACAGAGAUUGCAUCCGAGCCUACCAACCCCAGAUUUCAUCUACGAAUUAUAACACCUUAACCCUCAAUGUGAAAACUUCCGAACCCGAUAACCUCCUUUUCUACCUUGGGAGCAAUGGCAAGAUGGACUUUCUCGCAGUGGAGAUGCGACGUGGUAAGGUCGCUCUUCUUUGGGAUUUGGGCUCUGGAUCAACAAGAGUGGAAUAUCCUGAUUUCCCAAUUGACAACAACAAAUGGCACAGAAUACAUGCAACCAGGUUUGGGAAAACAGGUACCCUGAGCAUAGAGGAAAUGAACUCCAACCAAAAGCCUUCGUCUAAAUCGGGAACCUCGCCUGGGACAGCUAGCAUACUGGAUGUUAACAAAUCAAAACUAAUGUUUGUCGGAGGACUUGGAGGGCAAAUUAAGAAAUCGCCUGCUGUGAAGGUCACCCAUUUUAAAGGGUGCAUGGGGGAGGCAUCACUGAAUGGCAAAUCUAUCGGUCUUUGGAACUACUUGGAAAGAGAGGGCAAAUGCAAUGGAUGUUUUGGAAGCCCACAGGAUGAAGACACUUCAUUCCAUUUUGACGGCAGCGGAUACUCGAUUGUGGAGAGAACGCUCCGCUCCACAGUGACUCAGAUAAUCAUGUUCUUCAGCACCUUCUCACCUAAUGGCCUCCUGCUGUAUCUUGCUUCAAAUGGCACUAGAGAUUACUUGUCGCUUGAGCUUGUGGAUGGCAAAGUGAGAGUGACUGUGGAUCUAGGCUCAGGACCCCUUGUCCUUACAACAGAAAACCGUUACAACAAUGGAACGUGGUAUAAAAUUUCAUUCAGCCGUAACAAGAAACAAGGAAUUUUGGCAGUCACUGAUGCAUACAACCUUAAUUAUAAGGAAACCAAGCAAGGAGAAUCUCCUGGGGUUGCCUCAGACCUGACCCGCUCUGAUAAGGACCCAAUUUUCAUUGGAGGGCUGCCGAGGUCGAGGGCUGUGAGGAAAGGUCUUAGUAGCAGAAUGUAUGUGGGAUGCAUCAAGAAUCUGGAAAUAUCCCGUUCAAUAUUUGACUUGCUUAGAAAUUCAUAUGGUGUAAGAAAAGGCUGUGUAUUGGAGCCUAUUCGUAGUGUGAACAUCCUGAGCAAUGGAUAUAUUGAGUUGGCACCGAAGUCUCUGAGUCCAGAAUCAGAACUGAUGGCAACUUUUGCCACAAAGAAUGGUAGUGGUAUCAUCUUAGCUGGACUUAGCAAGGGCCUGGAGAAGCGACAACGCAGACAAGCACAUUUGCCCUUCUUUUCCAUCAUGCUGAUUGAUGGUCACCUCACAGUGCAUGUAAAUGCUGGAGAUAGAGCAAGUACCAGAAAAGUGGUGCUUCGGUCUCCUAAUGGAACAUACAGUGAUGGACAAGAACACUCUGUGAUCCUAAUCCGGAAUAAGAGGAUCAUAACGGUACAGGUGGAUGAAAGUAACCCUGCAGAGCUGAAACUUAGUUCAUCAGCAGAAAUGAUCCCCCUGAAUAUUUCCAAUUUCUACGCUGGUGGCGUUCCAGCAGGAGAGGGCAUCUUCGGGCUAAAAAUGACUGGUUCCUUUCAUGGUUGUAUCAGCAAUCUCAUUUUUAACAAGGAACUUUUGGAUUUCACCACUUCCAUGAAGUAUGAACAUGUGGAUAUGGACAGCUGCUUUCUGUCAGGGAAGCCUAGACCAGCCUUACAGCCAGAAGACGUGGAGAUUCGACCUGAACUUCAGGCUUUGCCAGUUCCCCAGAGGCCUCUUACAGAUACAAAAAAAGUUGUUUGUUCAAAAGAUGAGAUACCCGAUCAUGUUCAAGGUGCCCAUCAGUUUGGACUUGCCAGAGGCAGUCACUUAACACUGCUCUUCAAUCAGUCUACUGUAAGGAAGAAACUUUCAGUCCAGCUGAAUAUCAGAACAUUUGCCUCCAGUGGCCUGAUUUACUACAUGGCUCACCAGAACCAGGUUGAUUAUGCAGCCUUACAGCUUCACGGAGGACAGCUCUAUUUUUCAUUUGAUCUAGGCAAAGGAAAAGCAGUAGCUUUUCAUCCUGCUGUUAUCAGUGAUGGAAAAUGGCAUACGGUAAAGACAGAAUAUGUUAAAAGAAAAGGUAUAAUCAUCGUGGAUGGGAAGGACUUGAUAGCUGUCAAUGUUCUGGGUGAUGGUAGCACUUUGGAUGUGGAGGGAAAGCUGUACGUGGGAGGACUCCCCUUGGACUACGUGCCAAAGAGUCUCGGGAAUGUGACUCACAGUAUUCCUGCCUGCAUCGGCAGCAUGACAAUUAACAACAAGCAACUGGACAAGGAGAGCCCUGUUUCUAUCUUUGCAGUGAAAAAAUGCUAUGAGACAGUGCAGGAAGGCACUUUCUUUGAUGGGAGUGGCUUUGCUGCCCUUGUCAAAGAAGGUUACAAAGUGCGGUCUGAUGUGAACAUCACACUCGAGUUUCGUACCACCGCGGCGCAUGGCGUUCUCCUGGGGAUCAGCAGUGCCAAAGUUGAUGCUGUGGGACUGGAAAUUGUCAAUGGCAAGGUUUUAUUCCAUGUUAACAAUGGAGCUGGCAGAAUAACAGCCACAUACGAACCACGAGUUGCAAAUAGCUUGUGUGAUGGAAAAUGGCACAAGCUUCAAGCAAACAAAAGCAAACAUCAUAUUGCACUGAUAAUUGAUGGCAAUUUUGUUCAAAUUGAUAAUCCCUUCAUCCAGUCAACAUCUGCAGAUACAAACAAUCCCAUUUAUGUUGGAGGCUAUCCUGAUGAUGUGAAGCAAAACUGCCUGACAAGCAAGAGCUCAUUCCACGGCUGCUUGAGGAACCUCAUGUUGACCAAGGGCCAACAGGCAGAGUUGUUUGACUUCAGCAGAGCUUUUGAUCUGCGUGGAGUCUUUCCUCAUUCCUGCCCCGGGGCUGAGCACUGAAACGUAGCAAAGCCUUUCCGGACUGAGAGAAGUUUUUUUUGUUGUUGAUUUGUUAUUUUUCACUCUCAU